AUGCCGAUUCGUCAAUUUCAAGUCGUUGGCCGCAAGGCCCCCACCGAGAAGGAGCCCAACCCACCGGCGUAUCGCAUGAAGCUGUUUGCGCCUAACCCGGUGCUGGCUCAGUCGCGCUUCUGGUACUUUUUGCACCAAAUGAAGAAGAUGAAGAAGACUACGGGCGAAAUUCUGGACAUUAAUGAGCUGACGGAGAAGAAUCGUCGUGUAAUCAACAAUUACGGUAUCUGGAUCCGUUAUAACUCGCGUAGUGGCACCCACAACAUGUACAAGGAGUACCGUGAUGUGACUCUAUGCAAGGCCGUGGAGCAGAUGUACUCGGAGCUGGCUGGUCGUCAUCGCGCUCGCCCUCGCUCAAUCCAAAUCAUGCGCACUGCUAUUGUUGCUGCUAAGGACGCUAAGAAGCUGAAUGUGCAACAGUUCCACGACUCGAAGAUCUCGUUCCCAUUGUCGCACCGUCUCCCGCGUGCCGCUGUAAAGCACCACAAGACCGUCUUCAAGGCUUCGCGCCCGUGCACCUUCCGCGGAUAA